AUGCUUAGUGACAAAAAUUCUCACACUUAUCCGAUUACCGUAUUGGGUAAUGGUGCUCGAGUAAUUACUUGUUCUAGACAUAUUUUAGAUAAUUUGGGGAAUAUGCUCCCCAUGUAUUCCACAAAUGACACAAUCGAGGUCUAUGUUUCAGGGAGAACAUACGAGUUUCCUCAAUUGGUCAGUACACCUCGAGGGUUGCCGGUUGUGUGCUUGACAGGCAAAAUGCGCCGACGAUCAGGGCACCGAUUUAGGCUUCGUAACAGGGCCACUGAAUAA